AAAUGUUCACUUCACUCCCACACACCAAUUCCCAUAGUCACAAUCACAAGCCUCACAAAGCAAACCAGCCGGCUUGGCUGGCCAUGAAGCGCCUCCAACAGCAACAUGGUCAAGUUGGUCUUCACCAUUUUCAGCUUCUGCACCUUGUAGGCAGUGGAAAUAUCGCUAAUGUCUAUGUUUGCAAGGUUAAGCAGCAGCCUGCCGUGGAGCUUCAGCUUCCUCAUCGAUUGUACGCCAUGAAGGUGGUGGAUAGAGAGGCUUCAAGUGUCAUGAACAAGAAACAUAGAGUAGAGAUGGAGAAGAAGAUACUAAGAAUGCUUGAUCAUCCUUUUCUUCCCACACUCUAUGCGGAGUUUGACGCUUCUCGUUACUCUUGUUUAGUCAUGGAAUAUUGCCCUGAAGGUGACUUGCUCACCGUUUUGCAGAAACAGCCACGACAAAGAUUAAGUGUAGCAUCUGCAAAAUUUUAUGCAGCCGAGGUCCUCUUAGCACUUGAAUAUCUUCAUGCAAUGGGGAUAAUUUAUCGUGAUCUUAAACCAGAAAAUGUGCUUAUUCAAGAAGAUGGGCAUAUCAUGCUUUCCGAUUUUGACCUCUCUCUCAAAUGUGAAGUUUCCCCAAAGAUUUUGCAGCUUAAUUCUAAAAUCCAAACCAUGGACAAAACCAUGAAGUGCUACUGCUCUUGUUUCUCAGUCUCCAACAAGCACAACAAAAAGAAGAAGAAAAAUUCAAGUAGUUGCAAAGCAACACGACAAGCUCAUAUUCCUUUUCAGAAUGAUACACAAUUCUGGGCUGAACCAGUUAAUGCUUGUUCGAGUUCGUUCGUUGGAACUCACGAAUACUUGGCGCCGGAGGUGAUCUUGGGACUUGGCCAUGGAAGUGCAGUAGAUUGGUGGACAUUUGGGGUGUUUUUGUACGAACUCUUGCAUGGAAAUACUCCUUUCCAAGGUGAAAACAAUGAGAAAACGCUCAAGAACAUCCUGGAGAAGCCACUGAGGUUUCCCUGCAGGACUAGUUCAAGUAACCUUAACCAAUGUGAUCGUCGAGAAAUGGAGAAGGCACAUGACCUUAUAAGAAAGCUUUUGAUGAAGAAUCCCAAGAAGAGAAUGGGCAGUUUGUGGGGUGCUCUUGAAAUCAAGAAUCAUGAGUUCUUUCGAGGUGUAAAUUGGGCUUUGAUUCGAUCAGUUAAGCCUCGAGAGAUCCCUGAAUUUAAACAAAAGCUAAUCAACAAAGAUACUACAAAGGUCCCUGAUCUUCAUGUUGAUUGCUUUUAACUUCACCAUAAAUUGAGUUCAAAGAUGAGCUUAGUUUGCUCAUAUUGGGAUAAUCAAUCCUCAAGAAAUUUCGUCUUCAAUAAGAGAAUGUAAAGGUCACAAAUUAUGAAGAAUUUGGUGUCAGCUUUCAUGUAAGCUUGGAUUAGAAGUCAAUUAGAUUUGAAGUUUCUAGCUACAGAAUUGAAUCAAAUCAAUGUUCUUAUAUAUAUGUGUUAAUUUCAAUGUUGCUUUAGUACUAUGUAUAAUUACUUGUAAAGAUUCUACAAUAAAA